CUUUGAGGUAAGACAAAAAAUGGUCACAUUGACAUUGAAUUUCACAGGGGUGGGUGAUGGGAACUGAGUCUAGGGAGGGGAGAAGAAGAAUGCAAUGAACAGUUAGCAGGUAAUAUCUCGUCUUUCCUGACCUGAUGGUCACCCCUAAACCACGCUGAUGGGAGCCCUGAGCCAUCCUCUCUGCAGUGCUGAGAUGCUCCUGGAAUAAUGUACCCCUUUCUUUUGGGUGUGCCCUGUUUCCUGGGCACGCCUGGUGGGACUGGGCAGGUUGGAACUGCUGUAGCCAUGGUGACUGGGCGCUGAGCAGGGUCUCGGUCUGCAUCCCUCUGUUUAAGAGCUCAGUAAUUGCUUAGAGGUUGCUCUGUGCCCUGCGGAAGCAGAGGGGAAGGGGCUGUGGGUGCCAUGGCCGAGCUGUUGGGGCAGUGGGCAACCAGGAGGUGCGAGAAGGCUGGCACAGGGUGUGCGGUGCCUGGAGGAGCUGUGGUGCUGGUUCUGUCUGAGGUCACAGACGGGUGCUGACACCCUCUCCAACAGACUGGAGCCACAGCAACUGUCACACACACUCCAAAUCCGGAGGCAGGACCCCUGGCACCAUGCAGGGCCACAGGGCGGACAUGAGCCAGCAGAUCCAGGAGCUGCGCAACAUCAUUGCCUUGCAAGAGCAAGGGAAGAAGUUUUCCAGGCAGUUGUCUGAGGAAAAGCUCAGCCAGAACAGAAAUCUGCUUUCCCAGCUGCAUGGGACAGUGCAGGAGGCCAUCCAUGCCCUGGACAUUGCCCAGAAGCAUGACCAGCGUAUCGUCUCUGAGGCCUGCAAAGAACAGAAGUACUUGUCUGGCAAAACUGUGCAGGGGGCCCGAGAGAAUCUCCGGAGCAGCAUCUUUGACCGGGUGAACGCCUGCAAUGCGCUGCUGCAUGAGUUGAGGCAGCGGAGCCAGGCCCGGGACGCGCUGCGGCGGCGGCUGCAGCAGCUGCUAGAUGUCACCAUCGAUGACAAGCGGCACCAGGAGCAAGUGCAGACGAUUCGCCAACUGGAGAACAACAUUGAGAAGAUGCACAUGAAAAUCCACGCUGGGCAGAAGGUGACCGCGCUGUACCAGGGGCUGCGGGAUGUCCUGAAGAGGGAGCUGGACUAUCUGCGUCUGCAUCUGGAGCUCCUGCACACGAUGGCCAGGGCCUACCACGGGGAAGUGCAGGACAGGGAGCUGAUGGCUUUGGAUGCCCUCAGAGCCAGUGACAUCACCAAGAAGGAUAUGGCCAAGCUGGAAACCCAGUUCUUGGCGGAGGAGGAGCUCAGACACCGCACCCUGGCUGCCCAGAAGGUGCCAACCGACCGGCCGUGGCUCAAGGAGGCAAGCAAAAAGCACUCGAGAGCGCAAUCCCGGUACGACCUGGGUGUGGACUUCCCCUCCCUGCUGUUACAGGACUCAGCGUUGGGCUUCCAGACGCAAGCCACAAGGUCGCAGAUCGAGCACGAGGCCUUUGUGACGGCGGAGGUGGAGAAGGCCAAGGCUGCGGUGCAGUGCUCCCGCGUCUGGGACAUCACGGGCAGGCUGCUGGCACAGCAGAAGUCCACGGCAGAGCUGGAGCAGCACAUCAGAGCCUGCAAGGAGAAGCGGCGGGCACUGAAGGACAUGCUGCAGGAGCUGGAGCUGAAGCACGCGGAGCUGAAGUUCCACCAGCCUCCAAGCACUACCAGCUGCAGGAAGCUGGAGGCAGAACUGCGGGUGCACCUGCAGCAGGAGGAGGCCCGGCUGGAGCAGGCGCGAGCCCAGUACUUGAGGAACCAGGAGCUGCUGCUCCAGUUUGAGAACGGCAUUGACAACCUCGUCAUCCGUCUGCAUGGCAUCAACGUGCCUGAUCAGGACCUCUCUGUCGAGUUCAAAGGGGUGGAUGAGAAGCUGCAGUACUGCAGGCAGAAGCUGCAGCACCUGGCCCAGCGUGUGAGCUCCCUACCUGCCCACAGCUACAUUCCUGAUGAGGACAACGAGACUUUUGUGAAGGUCAGGAAUUUAAUGGAGAAAACGGCUGCAAGAGAGCCAUGGAACGUGAAGAUUCCCUUGGAGGACAUAGGCUCUGGGGUGCAAGCACCCUCCGAUUUUGCUGAUGAAGACCAAGACCUGGUUCUCACCCGGGAGGACAUCAAGAAGCAGGGGCUGCACCUGAUCGAAAGCAGGAUUAGAAGCAGCAAGAAGAAGUACUGAUUGCUGCCCCUGGGCUUUAGAAGCCUCGGUCCUUUCUCCAGCAGGUUUAAUAGAGCAGAGCUUUCUCAUUGCUUCCAAGUCUGUGAUAAAGA